CAGAAGUGAAGAGUUAUGGCUAACAACAGCAGCAGCAGCUGCUGCAGCAACAACUAACAUUAGCUGGCAUUUUCCUCAGGAACCAGCGCAUGAAUGUAUUUGUGAAGCCAGUCUCUGCUGAGCUGAAGCGCUGAAUGUCCUUUUAGUGUCGGUGAAAAUGACUCCGAGAUGACUCACCAGUGGCUUGGACAUCUGUGAUCUGACAGAAGAUGAGGCUUGCUCAGUUUGUCAGACUUGUCAUGGCUUGCAAUGAUUGCUAGUGUAGGCACAUAAACCAAACUGACAUGGACAACAAACUAUAAUGAAUCAUGUUUGUUGCUUCUUGCACAUCGCACUCACUACAAAAACUAACUACAUCAAUUAUCAUUUAGUUUGUUUUGAAUGGAUUUCAGUUGAUAACCAGUGCUGACGAUGUCACUGGGCGAGCAGUCUCAAAAGUGGUUUCCAACCCAUGUCCAAGCCACUGUUCUUCAAGCUACCGGUUUACAGCCCAAGGGCAAAAAUGGCACCAAUGAUGCCUACACAAUCAUCCAGCUGGGCAAAGAGAAGUAUUCAACGUCAGUGGCAGAGAAGACGCUUACCCCGGUCUGGAGAGAGGAGGCCUCCUUUGAAUUACCUGGAUUGCUUUUGGAGGGCAACCCAGAAGUAUAUGAACUCUGCCUUAUCGUGAUGCAUCGCUCCUUGGUUGGGAUGGACAAGUUCCUGGGUCAGAGGUCCAUCAACCUUAAUGAAAUCUUUGAUAACAAGGAGCGAAAGAAAACUGACUGGUAUUCCUUGGAGUCCAAGCCGGGGAAGAAGAGGAAAGAUCGAGGCCGCAUCCAAGUCAGCAUCCAGUUCAUGAGGAACAACAUGACGGCCAGCAUGUUCGACCUCUCCAUGAAGGAAAAGCCCCGCUCGCCUUUUUCCAAACUGAAGGACAAAAUGAAGGGUCGCAAACACGACAGCGGCUUCAGCGACACGUCUUCAGCCAUCCUGCCUCGCUCUGCCGUGUGCGACGCAGAGCCCAGCCGUCAGUCCUUCGCCCCAGAACCACAACCCCAGCCUGAAGCAAAGGUCAAGAGACCGCUGCUCGCUGGGGCCCAUAAACUCUCUGCAGCCCAUUCCAUGUCAGAUCUCAUUGGGACUCACUUUCGGCCCAAACUGGACUCCAUGAACUCCAUAGAAGAGAGUGGCGGCCCUCACAGGCGUUCCCAGAGCGAGGUGCCCGGCUACCAGGACGGCGAGGCACACAGUGACCCUUUCACUGAUAUCAGUGACACCCUGCCACAGAAGUAUGCCACGCUCCCACGCAACCGCAACCCAUUCGAGGGGGAGCACGGGCAGCUGUGGGACCGGGCGGAGCGGAAGGAGAAAAAGGAGAAGGUCAGCCUACUGGAACGCGUGACUGGAAAGAAGGAAGGCCGCAAGACCAGCAACGGGGGCCGUUCAGGCAGCUCUGGAGACCUACGCUCCCCGAACCCAUUUAGUGGAGACUCGCAGGCAGACACUAACCCGUUCAUCUCCAACUACAAAGCCAGUGAUAAAAAGUUAACAGGAAAUGAAGACAUCACCUUUGGCCCUAAGAAGAAGGACAUCUUCGGCAAGAAAAAGGAGGGGACGCAGGAAAGCGUGGCCGCCUACAGGAACUUGUCCUUUGAGGAAGUUGUGCAGGAACUCAUCAAGCAGAAAGAAGUGGUGAAAAAGAAAGACGCCCACAUCAGGGAGCUGGAAGACUACAUCGAUAACCUGCUUGUACGGGUCAUGGAGGAGACGCCGAGCAUCCUGCGGACACCCUAUGAGCCAAAAAAGAAGGCGGGUAAAAUUUCUAAAAAGUAGAGUGGGGAAAAAACGCAGGAUGAGAAGUUACUAAUGAAGGUUUAGCUGUAGCUCGUGCAUCAAUAUCGUGUGGCAAAAUAAGUGGGAACAAAUGGGAUUGAUCAAAGCCAAAUUAAUGAUUGAUUUAAGUCUUUACUUUAGGACAUUUUUAUUCAAUGGAUGUAGUUUUUGUAAACUUUUUUUCCAAUGUUUUUGUUAUUUUAGUACACAUUUGUUUGGCAUUCCGAGAUUUACAAUUUAGAGUUACUUAACGUAUACUUGUUGCGGUGCAUUUUUAGGUACUUAAACCGAAUAAGAGAAAUUCAUCAGUCUAGUCAAACAAAUCCAUAUUUUUGACAAAUAUUAAGCGUAGCUACAGUUUAUUGUAUGCACUUGUGAACCCACAGAGGUCUGGUGCACAUGCAGCUGCCAUCACUCGCCCAGAAGCUCUUAAGGUGCACAUGCAGCCAAAUUCGUGUUUACCAGAUGGUGCAGUCGCAGUUGUGUGCCGAAAGACGGUCAAGUGGUCGAUAAGACAAAGCUGUAGUUAAUGUGUUUACGCUCGAGCACAAGUCUCAAACUUACCACCCAAACUACGAAACGCAUUUGGCGAAGGCAGCAUCAGCUUUGCCUCUUCUGUGCUGCAGAUGUACACGAACUCUGUGCUCCUGCCCAAUAGCCUGAAUGAUUCAUAGGUAUUCUUAGAAAGAAAGAGAGUUAUGGUGAGAAGUUGCUGGACAGUAUCUGGUUUCUCUCUAGCUUACCUUUUUUUUUUCCCUUCAAAAAUAACGAACAAACGUGCAUUGCUGUUAUCAGUUACUGACUUUUCAUUCUUUAUUUUAUUCGUGAUGACUAUCAUUUAAGUUUCUCGGGCCAAUGGUCUCGCAGUCACUCGUUGAAGGUGAUCAUUUUACUGACUUUAAGUGCAAUAAUCACAUCUUGCUUUACAUUUGGCUGGUAAUGUUCUUGUUUACAAUUUUUUAAUCAAAACUUUGAGUCAAACUCAUCUCUUGCUAUUAAUUAAAUUCACUGGAAAAGCCUGGAAAAGUUAUAUUCUCCAUGGACUGACCAGCCUUCAUCUCCUUCAAAUGCUGUUUUUGCUGAAGAUUGUAUUAACGGUACCAAGCUGCACAUGUGGAUAUAUGCUGAACAAUCUUUAUUUAUAAACGUUUCAUAGCUCAUUUACAUAUGAACAUUAUUUUAUUGUAUUUGGAAGGUACUUUAUGGUAAAAACGCUACUGUAUACCCCCUCCCUCACCACCCUUUCUACUGUAAUAACACUGAACAGUUAGUACAAAUCCAAAAAAAAAAAAUCAAAUUCAGACAUAUUUCACAUAUUAAGGUCUUACUGAUACUGUUUUUAUUUGUAGUUACAUCAGCAUUAAUAGACUGUACCUAGUCACAAAUUGUGUGCUGUGCCUCAGAAUAUUUCAGCUGUUAUUUUCUUUUUGUGUCUUAACAAAACAGUCCAACUUCUAACAUUCACACACAGUAAAAUCGAGGUGUCUCAGCAGUUCAGUGCGUGCUGAUGAUGAUCACUUUAUAAUUGUUCGAGGUAAACAGCCAAUGAGUGUCAUUCGGGUCACAAAUAACAGUUUGACAGCAUGUGUCAGAAGCUAACUCCUCAUUUCACAGUUUUAUGUCACAUAUGUCGCCUCAAUCUGCGAUGGUAAUGUCAUAACAACAUAUGUUGUUUCCAUGUUCAACUCUUCAAUUCUGUGAAUUUAUCGCUGAACAAAUGCCGAGUGAGCGACGGGGCAGCUGUUGGAUCACGCUGCUGGUAUUAAAAUGAACUAAACGACUACUUUAAAGGUUACUCUUAAAGUUUUUAUCACCUGUGCUUGAGCUAGAUGUUCAAUAAUCACUUACUGAUGUUUAGGUUUACAUUUUGAAUUGUUUAUUCCUAUUUAACAGAAAACAGCUUCACAUACAGUGUUAAACACACUUUGUAUUAUCAUUGUAAGUUUACCCAAAGUUGCACGCCAUUUUGAAUGGUCUAUCUCUUUAUUAGAUAAUGUUCCACUUUGUCCUUUUGCUGGUAUAAUUUCUGGUAUUUAUAUCUAUUUUGUAAUUCCUUUCCAGUCUUCUACAAUAUUUGACCUUCACACUGUACGAUACCAAAUCACGGCACUGUAUCUGUGAAAUGUCGACAGUCGAAAACACUUGUUUAAGUUUUUCACGAAUCAGAAACACUUGUUUGUCGUGUGCUGAUUAUUUCUGCUGCUACGAAGGUAGUGACUUUAUCUGAAGGUGUGUGAUCUCUUCUUUGGACUUGAAGCCAAAAUCUCCCGUUACUGAAUGUAUUCUGGUCGGUUGAAAUACACAAUUCUGAAAUGUGGGAUAUCGCGUACACUAACAAGGCCAUCGAACCUUGCUUGCCUUUAAAGUAUUUGGUGUAUCCAAAGAGAUCAUUUCACAUGGGCGAUUCUUCUCCCCUUCCUUCUCUCUCUCGGUCUGAUGAAACUCAGACAUCUUCAUUACGGACAAGAAGUGAUUGCUGGUACGGUUUUUGUGCGAUGAUGUGACACAGAUGUAAAUUCCUUUCUAUCGGAGCACGGUUAUUUGAUCUGCAUAUAUUUUGUAAAGCUGUUUGAAUCAGUUCAUAAAAUGAUGAGCAUUGUGUGAUACUAAUUAAUAAGAUAUGUGGAUAUGAAUCUGUUUUCCAUCAUGGAAAAGCUUCUCACUGAUUGCCUUCCUACAUGUGCUGAAGUGUAAACUCUCUGUCUCCUCGUGUUACGGGCUUCACCAACUGUUUUAACUAGUCUGUGAUGGUAGUUAACCAGUUGUUCACGGACCUUGUCGAGCUCCUGAUGCUUCCAUUGUACAUACUGUACAGUCACUUUGUAAGAUCACAUCAGCUCCUUUUGACUUUUUGCACAUUUUGUUGUGCUGUGAAAUGUUUGAAAUGUGCUUCCUGGGGAUUUACUCCGUCUGAGGUUCAGUCAAAGUGCGAGUUCAGCUAAAUGAAACUUGAAAAGUGGGAAUCGAAGUGUAAAAUUGAUUUGAGCUAAACUGACAUUUGCAAAGUUGUGAAAUCUGGAGAUAGAUGUUUUCUCUUGCUAGCAAUGAGAGUGCAUGGAUUUCAGGGGAUAUUUUUAAAGGGGUAGUGAAGAGUUUUUUGAAGUGGGGUUGUAUGUGGUACUUAUCCAUAGACAGUGUCUUACAUACAGUCGGCACGCCCCCAGUUUGAAAAAGUAGGCUGGAGUCUGAGCAGGCAAUCUGCUGCUGUAGAGGGGACGGCAACAAAAUGUGUUUUAGCCACCUAAAAAAAAAAAAAAUCAAUGUCAUUGUAAGUGUACGCUAUAUUUAGAAUAUUUCCUCUGCUUUACUGUAUGCUGGCAAUUUCCGACGGGAAAAUGACGCUGUUUUACCGCUCUCUUCUAAGCCAGACUCCAUUGAGAAAAACAGUAAUUUAACAUUGCUGAACACAGGAGCAUCAGUCAUUUUGUCUGUUACACAAUAACGCAAACAAACCAGCGGAUCAAAGCAGUGGUAGACCAGUAGCACCUGUUUCCAAUCAGCAAAAAAUGACUGCUUUUGUCAGCGGAGUCAAAAAAUCAGAACUAUCCCUUUAAUGUAUGUCACAUUUUGCAUUAUAGAGUACAGUACAUAUAGAGAGUAUGGAACAGGUGACUCACACGUAGGUCCACAAUGUGCCCUAAAGCACCGCUGUUUUGCAGGAAUGAUGAAAUAACAAAUGAUAAGGUCUUAAUAAAAAAAAACUGUUGAACACAUUUGGACCCUGAGGUUAUUUAGUUCAAAUGAAAAAUGAGGGGUGCGUAGUUCAAAUUAAUUAAUUUUGCCUGUCAUUUUUCUUUCAGCUUGAUUGCUACAUUUGCUUUAUGCUGUGAUAUAAUUUGGUGCUUUGGUAGAUGUCAGGCUAAAAUACAAAUCUAAAUGAAAAGCAUUUUCAAAUCAUUUUCUAGCACAACAGCGGAAAGGGGUACAUUGCAAAAAAAAAAAAAACCUACAUCAUUAUUAUACUUCUUCCUUGCCUCUUUGCAUAAUAUUUGUCAUCCAAUUAAUGCCAGUGUUUGAAUAUGCAAAGCACUAAAAAUGCUCUGAGGCAACAUUUCCUAUAAAAUUUGGCCAUGGCCUGUGUUGUAAUAUAUAGAUUGUUUUGCACAUGCAUUGAAGUACUAAGUGUUGUAGGUGAAUGUCCGCCUCAUUCCGAAAAAAAAAAAAACCCAAAACAAACAAACAGCGCAAACAAAUGGUGAUUUUUUUUUCCCAUGUUGACGAAGCAUGCAUUGAACCUUUUGAUGAAGAUGACAUAAAGCUCAAGUCGGAUCUCACAAUCCUCCUCUGGCAGUCUUUUAAGUCUUCUCUACUGAUAAUAUGAUGCUGCUUGCCAUAGGCCACAUACAGCUGCCAGACACUAAGACUUAAGCUCCCGCUAAAUCCCCUGACGGUGCUUGUAAUGUGGCACACAGUUUUGAAGGAAAUGAUGACUGUGUUUAUAAAAGAUCUCGCCAGUUAGCAAAGCUUCAUUGAGUUUACGGAAUUGUACGGAGCACAGAGGUGCCGACACAAUUAAACAUCGUUUUGAGUUUAGUGCCCCAACAUGGCGGAGACCGAAAAUGACAUUUUGAUACUAACAUGUUGCUCUACUUGUGAAAGGUAGUCAAACUGAAUGGGUGCCGCAGUUCACUCAGGCACACGCCUUGUAAUGUAAAUGGGUGUGUUUGGAUUCUUGUCAUAUCUGCAUGUCAAUCACACGUUUUGAUCAUGUUACACUUGAUAUUAUUGCCAAAUUCUAUGUCGUUUUCCUGAUCUAGAAACUAUUGAUUCCACUAGAUGGGGUUCAUCCUCAUUAAUACUCAUCACACUACCUUAUUGUAAUGUAUUUAACUCUGAAGUGUACAGUGUGUAAGUGUGUUUCCUUUUGUUAAAGAAGGUAGAUGAGUUUUUUUUUUUGUUUAUUUUCACACAAUAGCCAAUAUGCAAGACUUUCAUAUCUGAUUGUGUGGGGACAAGAAUGUAUGUCUUUUUUAAAACACGUUGGGGUCUCAAAGAUGUAUACUGUAUAUUAUGAUAACAGUAUAGUGCUGUUAACGAUGACUGUAUAUAAAGUGCCAACACAAGCACUAAUUCAUCCGAAUUUGGUGAUGCAUUUCUUUAAUAUUCACCCAUUCUCCAUACAGUUUCAAUCAUCAACUUUUAGAUAUCAUCAUCAUCAUUAUAAUCAAACUCCAAUGUUCAACUGGAUGUAGUUUAAAUGACACAAGCAAGAUUGUAUUGUCCUUUUCAAUAAACUCACUGUAAAUGAAAA